GACCCCGACCCCCGUACGUCACUCAUUUGGUACCUCCACGUUGAUGGCCUCUUCGGGGUCAUCGGCCUCCUAUGGGGUGGGGACCAGGUUUGUUGGGUUCCGGCCCACUAUGAGGAGUGGAAUAGGGACCCGGUAUCGUUUGUAGCACUCUUUUCUAUGGCAAUUUCACCUCAUCGACAUGCUCCUUGUGUGCCGCCUCUCCCAUACAUGCUACCACAGCAUACUAUACUCAACUUGUGA